AUGAAUGAGGCACUUGCACCAGAGAAUCGAGUGUAUGAGGAACCAGAUGGGAUAAAAGCAGCUACAACCACCGCCACAGCUACCACCGCCACAGCUGCCACCAGCUCUGUGGUAAAAGAAAAGUCUCGCAAUGUAAUUGUUCAUCCACGGUUAAAGCCGAUGCCAUUUAAAACUCAAGACUUGUCACCACCUCCAACUCUACAGCCAUUUGAAGUAUUGUCACUCAAUGGCGUUACUUUCCAUCAGAUUGAGGAUUUGCCUGUGAAUAGACGUGGAUUCAAGUACAAACUUUGUCGACCACUGCCUAUUUUCAAAUCUAACCAUUAUGCCACUACUGAUCUCCCACCAUUCGAAGCUUGUGUUAGUUUAUUCGAUAGAUCUACAGGGAUACUAUUUAGCAAGGAUUGUAAAACUGUAACGACUACGGAAGGCUGGAGGUCAAUACGGGCCAAUGUCUGUAUUCGGCAAGGAAUGUAUUUUUUUGAAUUUGAGAUUGUCAAAUCAGAUGAAAAAAGUCAUGUUAGAAUCGGCCUAGCAAGGAAAGAAGCCAGUUUGGAAGCCCCCGUUGGCUACGAUGGUUAUGGAUAUGGGUUGCGAGAUGUCGACGGAGAACUCAUGUUUACGAGUCGACGGAAAAAGGUAUAUAUAAAUGGAGGAUUCCGCACUGGAGAUGUGAUUGGUAUUUUGGUGGAAUUGCCUUCAUUGGAAGAGCAAAAGAAGGGGUUGAAUCGGUAUGUCGACGAGAAAAAACUGGAAAUGAUGCCUGUUGACCAUAAACUGAAAAAGAGGAAAACAAAAAGAAAAUUGUGUAAUACUGAAGAUAACGUUAAAUUUAAUGAGCAUGGAAACAUCGUACGGGAUCAAAUACCAACAAAGUCGAAAGGUGCAUUAUACUAUGAUCAAUUUGAGUAUACCAAAACUAAAACCAUGGAUCAUUUGCUAAACCCGGUCACGGUAUUUGGUGAAAAGGCAGUUAUUGAAAUGGACGACAAGACUAAAAACAUUCCAGUUAUUGCUCAAUCAAAAGUACGUUUUUUCAAAAAUGGUGUUGAGCAAGCUAGCUGCAUCGAAAAUUUGUAUUCCUUCCUACCUACAAACAUAGAGGACAACGAUGAAAUGAAUUUGGAAGCCAAUGUAAAACAACAACAGAACCCAAAUUAUAGAAAUACAGAUGAUAAUACUCUAGGGUACUAUCCAAUGAUGUCUGUUUUUAAUAAUGGCGCCGUGACACUCAAUGCAGGUCCAAAUUUUACAUUUCCGCCGUCUCUGCCAAUGAUCAAACCAUUGAGCGAUAGGUUUGAUGAGCAAGUGGUUGAGGAAUGGUUUUGGGAUGUACUUGACGAAGUUGAAGCGCAAUAUUUGGACAGUUUUGAUGAUACAAGUUGA